AGUGUUAUAUCCUCGGUGCCUUCACGUAAGGAUUAGACAUGCAGAGCAAGGAUCCCGUCUACCGUGAUGUGAGAUAUAGCAUUGAACGGCCAGUCUUUCACGAACAAGAAUUGGGAAGAACUCAGCCUGGUCCAAACAGGACCUUAAAGUCCACCAUCAGUGCAGCCAAGCACAAAAUAAGAUGUUCCAGGUCAGCAGCCAAGGCCUUGUUGUUUCAGUUCCUCCCAAUUCUGCAAUGGCUGCCGCACUAUCCCGUCAAGGAAUGGCUCCUGGGGGACAUUGUGUCUGGGGUCAGUGUGGGGAUCCUGCAACUUCCACAAGGUUUGGCGUAUGCCCUCCUGGCCGGCGUGCCACCCGUUUUUGGCUUAUAUUCUUCCUUUUUCCCGGUGUUUGUUUAUUCUAUUUUUGGCACAUCACGGCAUGUUUCCAUAGGAACCUUUGCGGUGGUCUCCAUCAUGGUUGGCAGCGUUACAGAAUCUCUGGUUCCUAAUGACAACUUCAUAAUCCCAGGGAAUGAUACAAUCAUUGACAUGGUAGCCAGGGACAAAGCUCGAGUAGAGCUGGUGGCUGCCAUGACAUUGCUGGUAGGAUUGUUUCAGGUGAUUCUAGGUCUAGUGCAGUUUGGAUUUGUGGUCACGUACCUCUCGGAGCCCCUGGUUCGGGGGUAUACCACUGCCGCCACCAUCCAUGUCACCGUGUCUCAGCUGAAACAUAUCUUUGGCCUUCCGCUAAGUGAGAGGUCACAGCCAUUGUCUCUCAUUUACAGCUUAAUCAGCCUUUUCCGAAGAAUCCACAAGACAAAUAUCGGGACUCUAGUUGUCAGCCUCAUUGCCUUGGUGUGCCUCUUUGCCGUGAAGGAAGUUAAUCAAAGGCUGCGUGCUAAACUGUGCAUGCCCAUCCCUAUCGAACUGAUUGUGCUCGUAAUCUCCACAGCGGUAUCAUAUGGAAUUAAUCUUCAAGCAAAUUACGGGAUUGGUAUUGUGGGCGAUAUUCCUACAGGACUGGUAGUACCGACGGUUCCUGACCCUAACCUGUUCAUGAAUGUGGUCGGCAAUGCCUUUGCCAUUGCUGUGGUUGGAUACGCCAUCACCAUCUCUCUGGGCAAAAUGUUCGCUACAAAACACGGAUAUAAAGUGGACAGCAACCAGGAGCUGAUCGCACUUGGAUUCAGUAAUCUAGUUGGGAGCUUCUUCCACUGUUUUGCGGUCACCACAUCGAUGUCCAGGACUCUGGUGCAGGAGAGCACAGGGGGGAACACCCAGAUUGCAGGAUGCGUUUCUUCCUUGAUUAUCCUGGUAAUCAUUCUGAGAGCUGGGGAAUUGUUCACAUGUCUUCCUAAGGCGAUUCUGUCAGCGAUUGUCAUUGCCAACCUGAAAGGCAUGUACAAGCAAUUCAUGGAUAUAUCUGUCCUAUGGCGCACCAACAAGUACGAUUUGCUGAUAUGGUUGGUGACGUUCUUCUCGACCAUCUGCCUCAACUUGGAUAUCGGCCUUGCAGUCGCGGUGGUGUUCGGAUUAUUCACAGUGACGUUCAGGACCCAGCUACCUCAUUACUCCGUCCUGGGGCAAAUUGCAGAAACAGAUAUCUACCGAGACGCAGAAGAAAAUAUUAUGGCAAAAGAGAUUCCUGGAGUGAAAAUCUUCCGGUCAAGCUCGCCCAUUUAUUUUGCAAAUGCGGAGCUGUUCUCCAAAGCCCUGAAGAUGAAGAUGGGGGUCAAUGUGGACAAACUGAUUGAGAAGAAGAAGAAAGCCAUUCAGAAGAGGAAGAAAGGCCUUCACAAAGUCAUGAACCUGGCCAAGAUCAUCCUUGCCAAGACCCAAAAGGGAAGCGGUUUGGAAUUUCUGACCAAUGCAGAAGGGGUCCUCGGAAGCCUAAAAUCCAUUAGCGAGUCCAUCCCACAGACUCCGCCCACCCUUCGCUCUCUUGGCCUGGAGAGACUCGACUUCAGCUACCUAAUCCUGGACUUCUCAGCUGUCAGCUUCAUAGACACCGUUGGGGUGAAAAUGUUAAAAAUGGUUUUUGAAGAAUUUCGGGAGAUUGAAGUUGAGAUGUAUCUUGUACACUGUCCGCCGGCCGUGUUACGACAACUGGAGAGCAGCAGUUUCUUUAAUGAGAACAUCACCCCGGCUUCCAUCUUUGCCUCCAUCCACGAUGCCGUUUCCUAUAUAUAUUUCCUUUCCAGCGGACAGAACAGUGACUCCAGCUCGCUCCAGGAAAUCACAGCAAUCUAACCACAAUCCAUUCUUUGGAGAAGACAAUAGAAGGCUCAUUUCUACCCUAUGGACUACGGACACAAUAAAUAGCCCAUUUCAUCUCCAAUUCAGCUCCAGGGUCAUUCGAGUCCCAACCUCGGCACUACCUGCACGGAGUUUGCAUGUUCUCCCUGUGCGGGUUUCCUCUGGGUACUCCAGUUUCCUCCCACACUCCAUAGACAUGCUGGUAGUGGCUCCUGUCUAUAUGGCCCUAGUAUGUGUAUGCAUGAAAGUGAGUUAUUGGCCUUGGAUUGUAAGCUCCUUGGGGGGCAGGGACUGAUGCGAAUGUACAAUAUAUAUGUGAAAUUGAUAGCGCUAUGUAAGUAUUUGUGAUAAAUAAAAUAAUUCCUAUAUAUAUGUAAA